AUGGACCUGAGGAAGUUGCGAAAGGGAGAAUUGUUGCUGCUGUGCGAGGAGUUGGAACUUGAAUGUGAGGAAGCCAUGAAAAACAGCGAAGAGAACUUGGAGCUUCUUCGGCCGUACCUGCAUGACCUUAAGGUUAAUGGAGAAUCCUGUAGAGUGCUUAGAGAUAGCGCCGCUACCACGGACGUCGUGCACCCGUCCUAUGUUGCCGCCGAUGAUUUCACAGGGGAGGUAACGUGGAUAAAGCAGGUACUAGAGGAGCACAGUGUGUGCUUGCCAAUGGCAAAAGUUACUAUUUCCGGCCCGUUCGGAGAACUCGUAACAGAAGCUGCGGUCUCGAAAAUGGUGCCAUUAGAAUACCCCUAUCUGUUUUCUAACCGAUCUGACCGGCUGUUGCGUGAACGUGGUCAGAAAUUCGGAGAGGGAAGGGUGCAGGCGUUGACCCGAUCUAAAACCCGUCAGCUUGCCGCACAGCUAACGCAAAACUCGGGAGCGGGCACACCUGAAAGUGAGCAAACAUAUCCGAAAUCGGUAGAAACGAGCGAGGAAGAAUCUGGAUUUAAAACGGGUGAACCCGAGGAAGUAAUCCUCGAAGGCAGCGGGUGCGCGGAUGCUGAAACGGAGGAACCAGCAUCGGAGAGUGACGGGAAGGGUUUGCUGCUGGCGCCGGGAUCGCUUAGUUUUGAGAAGCUUUUGCAAGUAGAUAGAGGGUCCCUAAGUGCUGAGCAAAAGAAAGACCCCAGUCUAGCGCGUUUGCACCUCACGGCCAAGGAGGGAAUUGCUAGACGCAACAUCACUAUGCACGAAAAGGGCGGACUUCUGUAUAGACAUUACAAAGACCAGAAAGGCAAAAUUCUUGACCAGUUGGUAGUUCCCGAAAUGUACCGCAGGGAUAUUCUCAGUCUGUGUCAUGGAAAUGGAUGGUCGGGACAUCUGGGCGUGAAGAAAACAAAAGAAAGGCUUCUUAUGGAGUACUAUUGGCCAGGGUGUUUCAAAGACGUAGAGCUGCUGGUGAAGUCAUGCGAUGCAUGCCAACGGGUUGGAAAGCUGGGCGACAAAUGGAAAGCCCCUUUGCGACUCGUUCCACUCAUCACGGAGCCCUUCCGGCGACUUGUGAUUGAUACUUCAUCGUCGACUCCAAGCCACUCUUCAUGGCCAGCAAUUGGGAUCCUGGCCAUUCGAGAGUUUCCUGGCCCCGGAGGAGCUGUUAUGAUCGCCCCGGUCUCCCCUUCGCUGCGGGGCGCCGGGACAGAGUAA